CCUCCCACCGCCGCGCCGACGAACAUGGAGGCGCCGUCAUACGCGGAGGCGGCGUAUGAGUUCCAGUGGGGGCCAUCCCCCCGCGUUCACGGCGACGGCGGGUCCAAUCCGGGGUGGAUCAGCCCCCCGCUAAUCGCCAUGGUGGCCGUCGUUGGCACCGCCUUCCUCAUCGUCCUCUACGCCCGGAUCCUCUCCCGAUACCUCCGCCUCAUCCGGCGCCGUUGGCGCCGGUGGAGGCGGCGGCGGAGGUUUCUGCAGUCCAUGGCCGCGACGUCGGACCUGGACUCCCUCCCACCGUUCAACGGCGGCGGCUCCUUCGGCUCCUCCUCAGACUUCUUUCUCUCUCCCUACGGCCUCGACGACGCGGCCAUCAAGGCGAUCCCAGUGUCGCUGUUCUCGCGGACCAAGGCCAAGCAGCAGGCCGCCACGAACCGGGAGUGCGCGGUCUGCCUGUUGGAGUUCGAGGACGAUGACACUCUCCGCACGCUGCCACUGUGCGCCCACGCCUUCCACAUGGACUGCAUCGACGUGUGGCUCCGAUCGCACCCCACCUGCCCCCUCUGCCGUGCCGCCGUGCUCCGCCACGAGGCCGCCUUCGUCCCCAUGCGCGCCGCUCGGAUCCGCCCCAGCCUGGACGACAUCCUCCUCAUUGACCCGCCGCCCGACCGCGGGGCCGACGUGAUCCUCCUCCCGAACCCCGACACCGGCCCCGAGAUCGCCUCAGCCGCGGGAUCCCCCCUCGCGGCCGAGGAACGGUUCGUGUCACGAGGGUUCCUACUCAAGCGCUCAUACUCCUUCGGGUUCGAGGGGAGCCUGGCGGCGGAGCGGAUGCUCUUAGAGGCGUCCACGGCAUCGCCAUGGCGGUACCGCCACCAGCGGGGGGGCUUCUGGAGCAAGCGGUGGCCGUCGCCUUUUGGGGGCGUCGGCAUGGGGUCCUCCUCUGUCUCGCGGGCGGCGAGGGUCUUCUCCUUCCGCGGCGCCACCGCAGCCCUGGCCAAGUCCCCGGCCUUUUCUAAGCGACGAGGGUUCUUCCCGCUCUCGUGGGAACCGAGCGGGCGGCUUAUCGUCAGCAGCGCGGGUCCGUCCCUCUUCCCGCGGCCGUCGUUCUCGUCAUCGUCAUCGUCAUCGACAUCGUUGGUGUUUUCAUCGAGCCGGAUGCGGUGCGGGGAUCCGGAGGCGCUGCUGUCCCCGGAGCGGCUGAAGCAAUCGACGCCCACGCAACGCUGACCUGGAGCCGUCGGCGUUGGCAGGCAGGGGUAGGCCGGUGGAGCCAAUGGAUGAGGUGGAGCUCUUUAAUGGCGGUCGCAAUGCACCAUUUAAUGAUCUGCCUGCCUCUUUAAUGAGCAUAUGAAAGCAGAGAGAGAGGGGGGGAGAGAGAGAGAGAGAG